CGUGAAUCUCCACUUGGCGUUUGUACUUUGUUGGUAAACGUAACACAUAAAACCAACUCACGAUGUCCGGAGGUUUAAGCGCUCUUACCCUCAAGGAAGAAGAUGUCACCAAGUUCCUUGCUUGUGGCACCCACCUUGGGGCCACAAACUGUGACUUCCAAAUGGAAUCGUAUGUCUUCAAAAGGAAGCCUGAUGGUGUUUUCAUCAUCAAUGUCCGCAAAACAUGGGAGAAGCUCUUGCUUGCUGCCCGUGCUAUUGCUGCUAUAGAGAACCCAGCUGAUGUAUGUAUCAUCUCAGCUCGACCAUAUGGUCAGCGUGCCGUCUUGAAGUUCGCUCACUACACCGGAGCAACACCUAUUGCUGGACGUUUCACACCUGGAACAUUCACCAAUCAGAUUCAGGCUGCUUUCCGUGAACCUCGUCUAUUGGUAGUGACAGACCCCCGUACUGACCACCAGCCAUUGACUGAGGCAUCCUAUGUCAACAUCCCAGUUGUAGCCCUCUGUAACACUGAUUCUCCUCUCCGUCACGUAGAUGUUGCUAUCCCAUGUAACAACAAGGGAUCACACUCUAUUGGACUCAUGUGGUACCUCCUCGCCCGUGAGGUGCUCAGACUCCGAGGAACAAUCAGCCGUGAAGUGCCAUGGGAUGUCAUGGUCGAUCUGUUCUUCUACAGAGACCCAGAAGAGGUUGAGAAGGAUGAACAGGCCGCCCUUGAGAAGGCCCAGCAGAAGGAGGAAUACCCAACUGAGCAACCAUGGGCUGGUGGACCCCAGGACCUUGGUGGUAUGGGAGCUGUACAAGAGGUUACUGAUUGGGCAAGUGAAGCUGUCCCAGUGCCCUCUGUACCCAUUGCUAACCAGCCAGGCUACCCUACCCAGCAGACUGAUGAAUGGGCCGCCCCUGAAGCAUCUGAUUGGGCAGCCCCCACUACCGCUGCUGCACCCGCAGCCACUGGAGCUGCUGCAGGCAAGGACCAACAAUGGGGUGGAGCUGGAGAAAACUGGGCCUAGACUAACAUGGCGAGUGAUAAGCAGAUUAACAUUGAGUCAUUACAUGGACAUUUCUGUGGAAUAAAAUGGAAAAAACAAGGAAUAAAAUAAAUGGAAGUCACACUC